AACAGCUGUUAGUCUUGAGCUUGAGUCCGGACGGAAGUGGGGUGGUAGCGUUGCCGGAAGAGGGGCAGGGUGAGAAAGUUCCAGCUGCUGGAUGAGGUGACAGAGGAGACAUGAGCUUGUUUGAGCUGUUCAGGAGGUUCUUUGAGCCGGGAGGGAGAAGAGACCCGUUCUUUGGUGGGAUGACCCAGGAUGAUGAUGAUGAUGAUGAUGACGAGGAGGAAGGUGAAAGCUUUGGUUAUCCCUUCGCUCGGCCUCCUGGUUCCCACUUUGGAUUCUCAUUUGGACCGGGCCGUGACCCGAUGGCCAAUGUCUUUGGUUUCGAGGAAUUCUUCAGGGAUUUCAAUGAACUUUUUGCAGAUUUCGGAUCAAUAACGCAAGUGGUUCCCGAGCUGCCAGGAGUGGAUCCCCCAUUGCAGAGGCCAGAGGUUCCUAGAGGAAAGUCACUUCGGGACUUCAUGCUGAAAUCCCCAGACUCGCACCUCCCAAGGGAUCAGCCCCCACAAUCCCAAAGCCCCAGCUCCCAGGCCCCUCCCAGACUUCCAAGGACAACACCGUGGGGCAGAUACAGAUGGGAUGAUGGGGAGGUUGGAAUCUCACAAGGGGACACCAAGCAAGACCGAGAUCUGGAUUCAGAAGUCUCCUCUCGGGGUUUGGACACAAUUCUGAGACCGGCAGAGCCGAGAUCCUCCUCCUUUUUCCAGAGUGUUUCUGUGUCGAAGAUUGUCAGACCCGAUGGGACGAUAGAGGAGAGACGCACUGUACGUGACGGCCAAGGGAACUCGAGCACCACAGUGACAGUGCAGAGAGGGGACGAGAUCCUCAGCAGUGAGACUCAAGACGGCCCCCAGGGGCCAAACAUUGGGGAUCACAUACACAGACCCUCGGAUCAUUACUCCCCUCCAGAUCUGUCCGACUCUCAGACUUUACUCAGCAGGAUCCUCCAGAAAUGGUUCUCCCAGCGAUAGAGUCUCAGCUUCAUCAGUCCAUUUCUGCUCUAAUGGGGGGGUUACAUGGACACGUUUCUACCAAUAAACCCUGCGACCCUGAUCUGUAGAUAAAUAUUCUGUCUGCUGCCAAUGUCCCACGUGUGAUAUAGAACUGCUGUGUAGUAACGACUUCCAGGCUGCUUCUCUAUAUGUCCCACCCCCGCCUUAUUGGUUCAGCCCACUAGGAGCAAAUGCUCUUUUAUUUCUCUUAAUUUAUAUUCUGUCUCUGACCUCCAUAAUAUCCCACUCUCUGUGUCUCAUUCACUGGGGAGCCGGGGGCUAUGGGACAGCUGUUAAUUACAAUGUCUGGGAGCUGCCAUGUUAGAUGAGGAAGCCCCUUCCAUAGUUACAUAGUUGUGUUUAUCCCCAACGUAAGUCCCAGGAGUCCUGCGUCAGGUUGAGCACUGAUACCCAGGGAACACCCAUAGGGAGCCAAGUAGGGUUUGUGCCAUGUAUAUAUUUAAAAAUAAAGAAAGAAAAACUAAA